UUUGCUUGUGCUCGGAAUCUACUCAUGAUUUCUAACACAGAUUUUAAAAGCUGGUUCAUAAGUAUGUUCAGGCGACUUGUGGAAGACACGGAACUAAUCAAACACAUAUGGAACUUACCCUGAAAUUGGAUUCAUUCAAAAUAUCUGGUGUGGCGAGUAUAGAGAUUUCGUAUGUGGGAUGAACGUGCGAGAAAACGAUUGUGAUUUAUUCAAAACUGUUUUUAAGCAAUACAAAAGAAAAGCACCUCCACCCGACUUAUCAAAUGUCAUAGAUUUUGAGAAAUCCCAAAAAUUUCGUGACUGGGGUGUUGUAAAGUGUGAUGACGAAUAUUUAUCGUGUGAACAUGGCUGUCUAACUGGUGCAACUUCAACUAAUAGUAAUACUUAUUCAACUAAUUGUCCCGGACCUAAUUUUGUAACACAAGAAGUGGAAAAGACUAACACUAACUGUAAAAAUUUAGGUUUAAAACCAAUUGUGGAAUGGAGAUUAUUCACACUGAAUACGUUACCAGGAUUCAUUUUUAUAUCUAAUCCGUUUACACCUGAAGGUCAGCAGAUGUGGAUUAGAAAUUGUUUACUGAAGUACCCCAUGAAACCAAAUAUUACAAAUCUUGGAGAAAGUACUAACAGCGACAUUUUUGACGAUCAUUUACUUACAAAUCUUGGUACAGAAAAGUUUAAUAUACUGAAUGUGAAAAAACUACGAUGGACAACCCUAGGCUAUCACCACAACUGGGAUACAAAAGUUUAUAGCAGAGAUAUGUGUUCACCUUUUCCUGAAAGUUUGAAGAACUUGAGUGUUUUUGUUGCACGUAUACUAGGGUUUGGUAAUUUUCAACCAGAAGCUGCCAUAAUUAAUUAUUAUCACAAAGAUUCGACUUUGGGAGGGCACACAGAUCAUUCUGAAUUUGACCUUUCUGCACCAUUGUUUUCAUUUAGUUUUGGGCAAACUGCUUUAUUUCUUAUUGGGGGUAAUAGCAAAGCUGUUUCUCCAAUGCCUAUCUUUAUUCGAAGUGGAGAUGUUGUUGUAAUGUCUGGUGCAAGCAGGCUAGCUUAUCAUGGAGUACCAAAAAUAAUAUUAACAGAAAAGGGAUUAGGCUGGAAAAGUGCUGAAAGUAACAACUCUGACUGGAAACAAUAUGAUGAUUACCUGAAGAACUACAGAAUCAAUAUGAAUGUAAGACAAGUUUGGCCAUAGGGCUGAGAAGUCUGAAGAAGUAAAAUAUUCUUUUAGCUAUAGUAUAAUAGAUCUAGAGUAGAAAGAACUAAUUAAAUGAAAUGUAUCAAAUGAUAAUAUUUAUCUUAUACUUUCAUCCAAUAGUUCUUUCAUGUUUUUAGUUGUCUUGAAAAAAUAUCAUAAAACAAAGAUGAUUUUUCUUGUUUAAAGAUUUUGAACAGUAUGAUCUUAUGUAUAAACUGUUUUUAUGUAGUUUUAUUUUGUCAUUGUACAAAUGUCUAAAAUAUAUUACUAAUAGUAAUAUGUAGCUCCACUGCAGUUUUAAGUGAAUGGUUCAUUCAUAAAUAAAUUUACAAGAAGAUAUCUAGUUUUAAGUACUUGAAUGAAUAUAAUUUGUUACAUGUAAACAAAGACAUAAUGCAUUUCAAGAUGAAUAUAUUUAUAGCGCAAAAACUUAUUAUGGUAAGUAUUAAGAAUUUCCAAGAACAAUCAUUGCCAAACGAUGUUAAGGUCUAAAUUUUAAGAAAUUCUAACAAACCAAUGGCAAUGCUCCCAAUAUCUAACAUUGUACACAUUAGUCAUUUUAGAUCAUGUACUCUUCCAAUCACAUAUUCAGACAUGCCAGAUGUUUGUUUGGAAUCUUAUGUUGCAGUGUGUAAGGAAAUAUGUAUUUCUUCUCACCAGUUGCCAAUAUACAAACUCCUUUAUGAAACUUUUCAAUCAGUUGAUGAGCUAGGAUAAUUCAUUAAAUCUGUAGUUUACAAAGACACAGAACAUACAGAUAUUGAGUCAAGAACAAAACUUCAGUCUAAAAUGUUUGAAGUAGUUUAAACAGUGGACAGGAUCCAUAACUGGUACUACAAUUGUGAGAAUAUUGUCAUUUAUUGAAAGGAGUAAAAAAGGAGUAACCAGAGUUAAUUGUUAAAGACAUAAUGCAGUAUGACUUCAAUACAUUUACAAAAAAAGCAGUAACUGUAGUGUUGGACGUACAAAAUGAAUGCAAAACACUAGAAAUGUAUUUUUGGAAUCUAAGACAAAAUCGUGAUGAUGUGGAUGUUAUCUGAAUGUCCAUACAUUCAAGUCUGUCCAGAAGCAACUAUAACAUGUGCAUACCAUGGAAGCAACUUGCAUGUAGUUCUUUCUUUAUUCAUUCAGCAUAUGUAUAUGAAUUUUUUAUUCAAUUCACAAUUUCACACUACUUUGCCCCUCCCUGGAAUAAUUUCUGCUGAUGCCCAUGCAUGUUAUGUAACCAUAACAUUUUUCUUUGUAUGAUCCUUCCAUUUUACUCAUUACCAAAUACAAAAAGUUUCAACAAGGAAAGUACCUAAUGGUAGACAUUUCAGUAGAAAUUUCUACAUGGUGUGUGUGUGUAUAUAUGAAAUGACUAAGGUGUUUAACUAACUCUUCCCUUCACAAGUUACUUUUAUAUCCUAUAAGUGAUUAAAUGUUGUGUUAUGAGUUAGCAGCUUAAUGGUAAAGGGAUUUAUUGUCACAGAAUAACUAUUAGUAUUUUCUGCUAGCAAUGUUUGAUUCACAAGGUUUUUAUCUCUGUUUAUGGAUGUAAUAUCAUGACAUAUCUAUUUAUAAUGAGUAUGUGAUAAGAAAUAUGAAAAGUAAUAAAUUGAACAGUUUGAUAAAUAA